UUUAACAUAAGUGGCUUUCAAAAUCCUAACUCCAUUGCCACAUUUUGCCUAUAAGUGUUUGCUGAUAAACUUCUAUUUGGAAUCUCACCUAAUCCAUAAGUCGUAUCAAAACUUAUUGUCUACUGGUAAUACUUACCAGUUAUGGCGAAUACAGCAAUAUGGGUUGUCGUGGUUUUAGGCUGUGCUAUCCUAACUUGGUUUGAUCUUGGUGGACUAAAAAGUAACCAUACAUCAGAAAAAACCAUACCAACUUUAAAAAAGCCAGCAAACCCACUCCCUACACUUCAGUUCAUGUUUUGUGUUUCCUGAGGAUAUCGGCGGGUGUUUGAGGAAAUGUCACGGAUCGUCUUACAGAAACAUCCAUCCUUUAUUAUAGAAGGCGAUACGUAUCCUCCACCCGCCUGGCGAGCUCACCUAGCAAAGCUUUCUCAACUUUUAAAAUAUUCCAUUAUUCUGAUGACUGUGUUUAAUUUCGAUCCCUUUGCAUAUUUUGGAUAUCCCACCCCCAGCAUAGUUUCUUAUGCUGCUCAAAAUAAAAUUUCCUUCUGUUUGAUGACUUUCCUCUUCGGAAAUAUCGUUGAAGGUCAGCUGCUCUCCACAGGUGCUUUCGAAAUCUACCUAGAUGAUAUGCCAAUCUGGUCAAAAUUGGACACAAACCGCAUUCCACAACCUGAAGAGCUCCUAAAGAUAAUUGAUAAUCACCUAAUGUUCCAGCGACCAGGACGAGUUCCGAAAGCUGCUCUUCCGCCCCUGUAAUGAAGCACACCAACGAGUUAUAUAGUCUCAUUUUGAUAAGAAGUACUUAAUUGUACAAUAUCUGAGCUUUCGCUGACUCUAUGACAGUUGUCAUGUCAAUCUCUUUAUAGAGAACAUGACCAACUUGAUGCUUGCCAGCUUUGGCUCAGGUAUAUCACCUAGUUUAUAUAAUCAUAGUGUUUAAAUAUUGAAUACUUUGGACUUGAACUAUCCCUUUGUAAAUUCCCAAACUUCCAUUGGGUGUGUAAUAUUCUUUCUUCUCAUUUAUUUAUGAACUUAAUAAAUUUGUUUUAAAGCAUGUCGUA